AUGGCGAUGCGGCCUCGCCGCCCGCGCAAGGUCGCGGACGGCUCUGGCGAGCCGGCAGCCCGCGGCAAGCAGCAGCACUCGAGGAGCGGAGCAGGUGAGUCUCGUGGCGGCGGCGGCGAGGAGAGCGACGGGGAGGGAGGGGCGCCGGAGGCCGGCGAGCCCGCCGAGAAGAAGGCGCGCUUCGUCUGGACGCCGGAGAUGCACCUUCGGUUCGAGCGGGCCGUCCACAAGCUCGGCGUGCCGCACGCGAAGCCGCAGGCCAUCCGGCAGCUGAUGGGAUGCGAGGGGGAGGAGUACGCGCCGACGCGGCAGAACAUCAAGUCGCACCUCCAAAAGUACCGCCAGAGCCGGCAGAACUCGAGCCACGCCGCCGACGGGCCGACCUGGGGCGGCGCCUUCCUCGGCCUGGCGGCUAGCGGGCUCGGCGCGAGCCAGGCGGGCGCGCUGCAGGGCCUCGCUUCGCCGCUCGGGCAGUCCCAGCCCAUCGACGUGCCAGAGGUAUCUUCGCAGCUCGAGGUCUUCGGCGGCUUCGACGGCAUGGACAGCUCCGUCGGCUGA